GGUAGUAAAAUUAUAAUGUUAUGUAAAUUUUUUUAUAGCACAUCGGAGGUUCAAGGAAAAAAAAACAGCUCUUGUAUAUAACACGAUUAUGCUUCGCCAACUGUAUGCGUGCGUUGUGUCCAAUGUAACUCGCUAAAACUGAAUGAACACGGUAGACAAAUCAAGGAGCUUAAAUUAACCUGAGUUACUGGAUGUAACAAGCUGUCCGCCCAUUAUCUUGAAAUAACAUCUCGCUCAUACAACAUUCACCUAUCGUGGCUGGCAGUUAUUUUAUUGCCGUAUCAGGUUUUUAGUAUUCUGCCGCCAAACGGUAAAUAACCCUCCACCUCAUCUAAGAUGUAUAUAUGUGUGUGUGUGUAUAUAUAUACAUACACACACACAUACACACUCUCCUUGUAGUCUGUUAUCGUAACUUUCUUCCAGGCAGAUUUGCUUGUAUUAAUUACCCUGGCCUCGACUGUAAACGUGAUAUGAGCACAUCGCAUAACUUAAGGUUUCCAGAAUUGUAAUUUUCGUCCUGCUAUCAGGGUGAGUCCACGCAUUAAGAAGUCUUGAAAUGUAACCGGGCUCCGAGGAUUUUAGUUCCCCCCUCCCCCCAUUUUUUUUUCUCGCCAGCCCCGUGUUACACAUAACGGUGACUGGCCAAGUUUUGUUAGGUAAGCAGCUUACCUCUCCCCUCUUCCCACCACGAUGUUGUAAUGCCUUCUAUAGUCUUUUAAGAUGAUUAGUCAAGGAAGGGGAGAUGUAUUAUUUGAUAGCCAUGCCCAGUUCUAACACGAUUAAAAAAAUAAACAUGUGGGUGAGUCUUUCGUUACUAGCCAGAGAUCUAAUCUCGGUAACGAGCAAAUUCACGUUUUCUCGUGUUGCAAAUACACUUACAAUAUGAAUCUAGGACACGAAAUUUAAUGUAGAAUUCUUAAAAAUAAAAAGGAGUGUGAUAAAUAAAUACACAAAUUGUGUUUUCGACUACAUUUCUUGACGGACUCAUGGAGCAACAGCCAAUGCGAGAAGAGUAGGGCGCAAUUUUGGUGGGACCUGAGAAUUGUUUUAAUUUAUCAGUCAUAUAGGCAAGAAAUUGUUGACUUAUUGCAAUUCUGAAGUAAUUUCUGCUUUCAAAAUAACUGUAUGCAAUUACUUAGAAAUAAUCACUAGCGAUAAAUGUUAAAACAAAAAGGAAAUGUGUAUUGUCUAGAAUUUUUAACUAAAAUUUUUUUUAGAUAACCGAAAUUAUCUUAUAUGUUGAAAAACUGUGUUUACAAAUUGCUGGUCAAUGUCACAGGAUAUUCAUUUGCUAGUUAAUAUAGGUACGUAGUUAUUUAAUAACACUGGCAAUAUAUGUCGAAUACAUGGCGAAAACUCAUUGGCUAAAAUUAACAGCAUGAUUUCAAUUAAUCGUGACCCGACUAUGCACAGGUCGUGUGCACAAUCAGUCGUGUGCAUGGCCUGCUAUGUACUCGCUUUACUAACAUUAAUAGUAAAAUCGUUGAAACUAUAUUCACGUACAGUGAUUUAUCCGAUUAUAAGCUAUGUUUGGACUGAACCUAUUUGUCUCAUACAAACAGAUUAAAAAAAAAAGUAAACAUUGAUGGCUGUCGUACCAAUAUGCGAUUUUUUUCCUAACCUAACUAAAAACUAAGUGUAUUUGGGAGGAGUUCCGGGUUAGGGAGGGAGACUAAGUGUGUCUCAGGCCGAAGCCUAUACGCUCUAAUCAUGCAGGUGAUAGCCAUGAUGGAGGGGUAGCAUGCAUCAUGUGCUAGAAGGGGAUUGGUCAGCCAUGGCAGCGAUUAGCGUCAUGACUAACUCCCCUCACUGACUAUUCUAGACUAAAACUAGAUAAGUUGGACCCAGGUAAAACCUGCAUAGACACAAGGGAAAACCCUGGGCGCUUCAAUAAACAUUUUCAUUUUAUACUUUUUUUUUUUUUUCGUAGGUUGGGUAAAAACAGCUUGUUCACAAAAAGCUCAGACAAGUUGUGACAGUGUGUGACGCAAACUGUAUUGUCAUCAUAGCUAUUGCUGACAUCUUUGAUCCGAGUGUCGGAAUAGAACAUCGUAAUCGCUGUUGGAGUAUGUUCGACGGAAUGUCGCACAUAACCUCCAGUGUUGAUAUUAAAUACUAAGAUGUUAAUAGGUUUGUAAAAAAGGAUUCUCAAAAAAUAAAUAUGUGCUUCAGUAGUUUUUAAAGAUAUUGUGAAGUUUUGAGGAUUCGUUCAGUUGAUUUUGUGUUACUGCUAGGUGUCGCAAGUUGAGUUUCCCGCUUACUAAGAGUAGUGCGACGCUUUGUUGCCGCAUCGCGCUGGCGUGAAGCGGAGCCAAGGUCAUCUACCGGUGCACGCGUCCUUGAAUGUUCCAUCUUGCGAGGGGAAAGAGGGAGGUAACAUAAAUAAAUUGCGUCCCGCGUCUGGCGGACGAGGGGCGUCGCGUGGUCUCGUUUCUCGCCCGCUAAUGCGUCAGCAGUAUCGACCCGCGCGCGCGUGCAGUCGUCUUCAACCCCUUCCUUUCCCCGUACCCACCGCGAGUCGCGUGGGGGUAAACAACUGCUAGCCCCGCCCCUCCAGGAGGACGCACGUUGCCCCCUCUCCCCCCUCAUGUAAAGUUCGUUUGUUGCGAGAAAUACUUUUAAGCGUGAUUCAGCUGUUUUUCGUGAUUUCACUAUCAAACAUAACCUACACUGUACAGGAGGAAAAAAAAAAAACUUUUUAAGUUUUUAUUGUGAGCGCGUGACUAUGGUCGGCCGGCGAUGAGGCAGCGCGCUACGCGGCCAUGAGGGAGGGCGACCUGCCCACCAUCUUCAACCCGCGGCGAGUGCGGACGCCCAGCGUCGUGGUGACGGGAGAUGAGCAGGCCAGAGGGGGUGUGCCGAACGGGCCGUUCUCAAACACACCACAGCUUCAACACGCCGACUCUGUGGCCGGCAGCCAGCAUGAGGCGGAGGCCGCGCCAGGCGGCCAGACGCUGCACAAGCUGAAGGGCUGCAGGAACACCUGCUGCUCUCACUCCGCCCGUAAGAUCUACUACGGGAUCUGUGUGACGGUGUGCGUGACGGCGGCGUGGGUGGGUGCCACCCACUGCAUCAAGUACCUGUUCCUGCGCAGUAAGGACAACCACACCAGCUCCCGCCAAGUGUCCUACAACGCGCCAUUCUUCACAACGUGGUUCUGCACCAACUGGACGGUUCUGUUUUUCCCCCUCUACUUUGUCUGCCGGCUGGCGUCCAUGAAGUGCAAGUCAGCGGGCAGCAUCCUAACGGACAGCGUUAGAAAUUUCCGUGAGAAGGGGUUCACUGCAGGCAGGUUCCUGACGCGGUGCAGCCUGUUCUGCCUGCUGUGGGUGGGGACCAACUACAUGUACAUCCACUCGCUGCGCAGCCUGCUGGCCACGGACGUGAUGACGCUGUUCGCCACCAACGUGUCGUGCGUCUACCUGCUCUCCUGGGUCAUCCUGCACGAGCAGUUCGUGGGAGUCCGGAUUGUGGCGGUGAUCCUGUGCGACACGGGCGUUGCGCUCCUGGCGUACAUGGAUGGCAUCACGGGCAGCCCGACGCUGGGCGGGGUGGUGCAGGCGGCCAUUGCAGCUGCCGGCUCGGCUGUGUACAAGGUGCUGUUCAAGAAGGUGAUCGGGGAGGCGAGCUACGGCCAGGUGUCCCUGUUCUUCUCCCUCAUCGGGCUGUUCAACGCAGCGCUUCUUUGGCCGCUCUGCCUCGCGCUGUACUUCUCCGGCGUGGAGACCCUGCAUUGGGAGCGGCUGCCCUGGCCAGCGCUGCUCUGCGCCAGUGGCCUGUCCCUAGUGGCUAACCUGCUGGGAAACUUCAGUGUGGCACUAACGUACAAUCUGUUCAUAACGCUCGGUCUAAUCACAGCCGUCCCCGUCUCAGCAGCACUGGAUGUUGUGCUGUAUGGUGCCACGUUUGUUGGUAUGAAGUUGGCAGGAAUGAUUCUAAUUGCUGUAGGAUUUUUCCUUGUCAUGUUUCCUGACAACUGGCCAGACUAUAUCAUGAGGGUUUUGCGAAACCUCAUCAUGUUGAGUCACAGUGCAAGGUGGAGCCGGCGCCACCGGCAUGGCACGCAGGGCAGCCAGCGCCGCGACGUGGUGGACUACCGCACCGGCUACAUUCGCUCCCACCUGCGCUCGCCGUCCGGCCGCGUCCGGUGACCGGACCCGGGCCACCGCUUCGACCAGCUCCAGCUCUGACGUCCGGGGGAUGCCGUCGGUUGUUCCGCGUAGGAGAGGCAGCCUAAUAUACGUAAUGGCUCUCUAAAAAGAUAAUUUAACGUAGUAAAUCGACAAGUAAAGAAAAAAAAAA